CUUCACCAACAUGAGUUUAACGCUGGUAAGAUAAGAUAAGAUAAUCCUUUAUUAGUCCCGCAGCGGCAUAGGGUAAAGUGCACACAAGAGACAUAGUAAAAGAAAAACAAGAUAAAAAUAAAAUGAAAUAAAAAACAAGUAUUAUAAAUAAGCAAUAAAAAACAGUAAAAUCCACAAUAAUUGAAAUAUUAUAUGUACAGACAGAAAAACUAUUAUAGCUAUAGUAUCUACAUUGUUUAGCAGGUUUAUGAAAUCAGGACAUCAUGAGAGAAUCGACCUCGUUAGGACGGACAUGUGUGACACACAGUUUGUUCUGUUGAUCACAUAAACACUGACCGCAGAUCAGAUUUAUGACCCGCUUCUACGUCUCUUCAUCAAACUCCACCCGUGUGGUUCAGCCCUCUUGUCAAAAACCAAACCCACAUGCCAAACUUCCACUUUUUAAGCUCCACUAGACUGAAGGAGACGGUCUGCUAUUAGUGUUAUUUUAUUUAUAAAUCAAUAAAUUUAUAAAUUUAUAUGAGUCAUUAAAUUCCCCCAAUGAGUCCCCGAUCAGGUCUCAGCUGGUUUCGCCUCCUCACAGCUUCACCUUCUCUCCGUUUCCUUCCUUCUUUCUCAUUGUGUUUGUCUGUUUCCUUCCUCCCUUUGACACUUGGCUGCAGGUUUGUUGGUCUCUGGAUAUCUCAGUUUCACAGACCAAGGCUACAUCCACACUACUACGUUUUUCAUUUCAAAACUUGUAUAUUUUUGCUACGUUUAGGUCUAGCGUUCACACUACUCUGGCGUUGUAGAAACCCUCAAACAGAGAUGUUUGAAAACGCUACCAACCAUCAAUUUAGUGUGAAACCUCCAGGGUUGAGUUGUAGUGUGGACGGGAGGAAACUGAGCUACUACUACCCAUAUGCAGAGGAAGCAAGCAGUCCACUACUCAUAUUACCAAAGUAUGCCAGACAAAGAUGUACUAUCUCCAAAACAUAUGUCAAAUGAAGUAUGCCAAAAAUACCAGGAUGUUGUACUGCCUGCCAUCUGGUUGCAUGUUGCAGUGUGCAAGCCGGGCAUGCUUUUCCGGCUAUUCCGAACCCACAAUCCUCUGUGCAGUGGAACUAUGAGCAAGAGGGUCAAAGUUCAAGGUGUUGUGAUAAAGCAGGAUGUCCCACAUUGAUUGCAUACUGCAGUACGUACUUUGUAAGGUCAGCUGCAGUAUGUACUAAAAGUAAAAAGACAAAGUAUGCGAUAUGGAACGCAGCUAAAGACACUCUUUAUACACUUAAUAUAAAGUCAUAUUAAAGAUUUAAAUUUGAGGAUUUGUAAUAAAUUUAAAUAACAGUGGUGUUUGGAUGGACGUCUGACUGUCUGUCCUCUCUGUCCUCAGCCGAUCGUCAGCUGCUCCAUGUGUCCUCGCCGGUUCUUCUAGCAGCAGAUCAGGCAUCAUGUCGGCGGCUCAGACCCAGAAGGAGGGCAGCGAGGCGGGCUGGAGCUGCCUGGAGGCUCUGGGUCUCAGUCAGAAGGAGCUGGUUCUGGCCGAGGCCCUGCAGAUGGAGUACGACGCCCUCUCCAGACUCAAGCAGGACAAGAGCGGCACGGAAACCAGCCAGACCGGCUCCAGAACUCCGGCCCGCUCCAAGACCCCGAACCCCACCAUCGAACGCCCCCGACCCACCCCGAGCCAGCCCAUCUUUGCCCCUGCAGGAGGAAGCCUGCUGCGGGGCCUCUCUGGUUCUGAUCCGUCCCUGAACCAGCCUGGAGGGUCACAGUCCCCCGUCUCCGUGCCAGGCAGGGCGCUCCCUCCUCAGGGAGGCUCCGUCAGAGAGUCCCUGUACAUCCUGGACAGUCCGGAGGUCAAGUUCAGGGACUCUCCCGGGUCCAGCCUCGGGGACUCGCUUGGAUCCGGGUCAGGGUUUCUUUCAAAGGGCUUCUCCUCUUUUCCAGAUGAUGUCCCCCCGCCUCCCCCGAGGAACCCCAUACCCCCGUCGUCGGGGUCAGAGAACCCCUUCCUGCCCCCUCGAGUGUCCCCCGCGCCCCGAGACGUGAACCUGUUCACGCCCGACGUGGAUCCGCCCAAAGUGACCUCGGGGGAGCUGAACUACGACAACAUCAACGACUCGCUGUCCCGAUUCAACGGGGGCCGUCAGGGGCCUCGGGGUCGGCGGGCCAACGGGGACCAAUCGGGCAAGCCCGUGGCUCGGAGUAAGACUCCCCCUCAGGUCCCGCCCAGGACGUACGUACCUGUUCCCAAGAGCAACAAGAACCAACGGCGCGUGUCGGCAGACCCGGUGUCUCUGGGCUCCAGGAUAAACGGGUUUGGAUACGAACUGUUCCAGGUGUCCGAGGAGAGAGACGAGGAGGUGGCAGCUUUCUGUCACAUGCUGGAUGUGUUACGUUCGGCGUACCCGCAGAGCGACGGCUCGAAGAACGGCGGCUUCGUCUGGUCUCCGUCCGUCGGUCUGGAGGAGCUGCAUCAGGGUCUCGGGGUCAGCGUGAAGGUCACCGUCAUCAGUGAGCACUUCAGAGAGCCGCUCACCUUUACCUGUGAUGGUUCGUCCACGGUGGACCUGCUGAUCUAUCAGACUCUGUGUUACGCUCAGGACGAUCUGGAUCACAUGGACGUGGACGACUACCUGCUGAAGGUCUGUGGACACGACGAGUUCCUCAACAACUCUCAGACUCUGGCCGGUCUGGAGUUUAUUCAACAGUGUCUGAAGUUCGACUGGGACGUCCGACUGGUGCUCACCAAGAGAUCCUCCAUCAACACGGAGCUGUCUCGCACGAAAGAAGACGAUGAGACGAUGUCCACCAUGAACCACAGCAUCCUGCUGCAGGAGCGUCCAAUCAAACAGACCGUCACCAGGGAGGCUCUGACUCUUCUGCUGGAUACAUUUCAUAAUGAAGCCGAGUCCUUCCUGCUUUCAGAGGUGGAGCUGCCGCUGCACGUGGAGCGUCUCGUCCAAUCGGUGAAGGCGCUCUGCAGCUCGCUAGCUGCCGUGGAGACGCCCGAUGUGACCGCCGCCCUCAGCCAGCUCCCAGCAUGCCCCUGUCGUCUGCAGCCCAAAGUCCUAAAGGAUGCAUCAGUGCUGGCUGUCAGAGAGAACAGAGAGAAAGUGGUGGAGAAGUUGACGGCGGCCAUCUUGGAUCUGGUGGAGCUGUACUGCAGCACGUUCAACGCCAACUUCCACACGACGGCCCAGAGUCGCUGCUGCACGGCGCCGGUGCAGGAGGCCGGCCUCGUAAACAACGUGCUCUCCUUCAACGUGCACGCCGCCCACCGCAUCCCCAUCACCUGGGCCGCCAGGUACGGCGAAACAAACGCAAACGCACUGGGCAGUCAGUCAGCAACCAGCAAGCAGUCAGUCAGCAAAUACCUGUUCCACCUGGUGGUGUGGGACCAGAGGGUGUGCUUCCCGGUGCAGAUCAACCAGCUGCCCAGAGAGUCUCAGCUGACGGUGACUCUGUACGCCAGCUCUCUGCCGCCCCCCGGAGGAGCCGAGGAGAAGGGGAAGCAGCGGCGCAGCAUCGAGGCUCUUGGCUGGGUCACCAUGCCGCUCUUCAACUUCAGACACGUCCUGACAUGUGGCAGGAAGUUACUCGGUCUGUGGCCUUCGGCUCCGGGGAGGACUGGAAACGCCCGGACGAGCUCGCCGAACUUCAGCCAGCCGGACAGCGUGAUCCUGCAGGUGGACUUCCCCACCUCGUCGUUCGAGGUCCGGUUCAGUACUCCUCCUCCGGCAGACUUCUGUCCUCAGUAUGACUUCACCAGACUGGACACCAUCAGUCAGAUCCAGCUGCAGGACGUCCUCCACAAGAAGGCCGUCUUCUGGUUGACGUUGGAGGACAAGCGUCUCCUCUGGGAGAAGAAGGCCUUCUGUCAGUCGGAGAGUGCAGCUCUUCCUCUGGUCCUGGCCAGCGCCCCCUGCUGGGAGUGGGCCUGCCUGCCGGACAUCUACGCCCUGCUGAAACAGUGGGCCUGCCUGGGUCACCAGGACGCCCUGGGACUCCUCCAUGCCUCGUUUCCAGACCAGGAGCUGAGGAGGACGGCUGUUCAGUGGAUGGACUCCAUCUCAGAUCCAGAGCUGCUGGACUUCCUGCCUCAGCUCGUCCAGGCUCUGAAGUACGAGUGCUACCUCGACAGCUCUCUGGUUCGUUUCCUCCUACGGAGAGCCAUCGGGGACAUUUGCAUCGCUCACUACCUCUUCUGGCUUCUGAAGGACAACCUGCAGGACAGUCAGUUCAGCGCUCGGUAUCAGCACCUUCUGGCCGCUCUGCUCUGCUGCGUCGGUCGAGGUCUCCGUGAAGAGUUCGACCGUCAGUGCUGGCUCGUCUCCAUCCUCGCCAAGGUGGCUCACAAAGUCCGAGACGCCUCGCCGUCCAGCAGACAGUGUGUUCUCAGGGAGGGUCUGGAUGAGAUGAAGCAGUUCUUCUCAGUGAACAGCAGCUGCAGACUUCCUCUGAACCCGGCGCUGCUCGUCACAGGAAUCAAAAUCCAGUCGUGUUCCUUCUUCAACUCCAACGCUGUUCCUCUCAAACUGUCCUUCCAAAACCUGGACCUUCUUGGAGACAACAUCAACGUCAUCUUCAAGUCAGGAGACGACCUACGGCAGGAUAUGCUGACUCUGCAGGUGAUCCGCAUCAUGAACAAGAUCUGGAUCCAGGAGGGUCUGGACAUGAGGAUGGUCAUCUUUAAAUGUUUCUCCACCGGCAGAGGACGAGGUAUGGUGGAGAUGAUUCCUCAGGCUGACACUCUGAGGAAGAUCCAGGUGGAACAUGGAGUCACUGGAUCCUUUAAAGACCGAACGUUGGCCGACUGGCUGCUGAAACACAACCCCACUGAUGAGCAGUAUGACAAGGCCGUGGAGAACUUCAUCUACUCGUGUGCCGGCUGCUGCGUGGCGACCUACAUCCUGGGAAUCUGCGACCGUCACAACGACAACAUCAUGCUGAAGACCAGCGGUCACAUGUUCCACAUCGACUUCGGGAAGUUCCUGGGACACGCACAGAUGUUCGGGAACAUCAAACGGGACCGCGCCCCCUUCGUGUUCACCUCCGACAUGGCGUACGUCAUCAACGGAGGAGACAAACCGUCGAGCCGCUUCCACGACUUUGUGGAUCUCUGCUGCGAGGCGUACAACCUGAUCAGGAAGCACACACACCUGUUCCUCAACCUGCUGGGCCUGAUGUUGUCCUGUGGGAUCCCUGAACUGUCCGAUCUGGAGGAUCUGAAGUACGUCCACGACGCGCUGAGACCUCACGAGUCUGAGGCCGACGCCACCAUGUACUUCACCAGGUUGAUCGAGUCCAGUCUGGGCAGCGUCGCCACCAAACUCAACUUCUUCAUCCACAAUCUGGCCCAGAUGAAGUUCGCCUCCACCGAGGAUCGACCCACGCUGACCUUCGCUCCCAGAGUCCACACGGCCAACGACGGCCUCAUCAGGAACCUCUACAUCUGCAGACACGUCAGGGCCGCCAGCGCCGGCAAGGGAUACACGUUUGUAGUGAAGGUGGAGCGUGAGAGCCAGCAGGAGGUGCUGCUGGUUCAGAGGACGUUUGAGGAGUUUCAUGAACUUCACAGCAAACUGAGACUCAUCUUCCCCUCAUCCAAGUUACCCAGUUUCCCGAGCCGUCUCGUGAUUGGCCGGUCCCGUGGAGAGGCGAUGGCCGAUAGGAGGAAGGACGAGCUGAACGGUUACGUGUGGCACCUGAUCCACGGCCCGGAGGUCGCUCAGUGCGACCUCGUCUACACCUUCUUCCACCCGCUGCCCCGAGACGAGAGACCGGGGCCGACGGCCACCAAACCAGCAGAGCUGACGUGGUCUCCAGCUGCAGGCAGAGAGCUCGGCGAGGUCAAGCUGUCGCUCUCCUACAAGAACGACAAGCUCUUCAUCAUGGUGAUGCACAUACGAGGCCUGCAGCCCCUGCAGGACGGCACAGACCCGGACCCCUACGUGAAGGUCUACCUGCUCCCAGACCCGCAGAAGACCAGCAAGAGGAAGACCAAGGCAGCGCGACGCACCUGUAACCCGACAUACAACGAGAUGCUGGUGUACGAGCGGAUCCCCCGGGGGGACCUGGACCAGAGGGUGAUCCACCUGCGGGUUCUCGGUGACGGGGCUUUCUGGGAGAACACCCUGCUGGGAGAGACCUUCAUCCCUCUGAAGAGGCUGGUCCCGGGUCAGCACUGGGUGGACUGGCACCAGCUUGGCGCCGCCGGCUCAGACUCCGCCCACUGACCGACAGGAAGAGGUGGAUUUAAAGGGAGAUAAGAAGAGAGACCAGUUCUCCUCAGGAGGAUGGAAGAAGAAAAAAAAGGAAAGUCCUUUCAAAGUAAAAGCCGUGUGGCUGAUCCUCCCUCUGUGUGUGAGGGAGUUUAAGGUUAAAGCAGCAGUUUAAAACAGACACAAUCUGGACUUUAUUGAAAAUAAUGAUUUGAUUUAUUUUCAUGAUCAGGUCCUUUUUAAACUUUGAAAAUGUCUGCUGAUGUGAUUUCAAACAAACUGCACAAUGAAGUCACUUCGAGGGUUAAACUAACUCACUAGCUUUUACGUUAGCUUCAGAUUUAACAGAAAUGUGUGAACAUAAGGGAGAAACUUUUAACUGUCAGCAGACGUCCGUUGCAUUAUUUUGUAUUCAUUUAAAUGAAGAAGCGUUCAGACUCUGGUGCCGUGUCCAAAUCAAACGCGACUCAACUUAUAACUUAUGUAUUAACAAUACAUUAUCCAGAAGCACACACGUAGGAUUCAUAUUUUUCUCAAAAAAGGGACAUUUUCUGUCCCGGGAAAUUGUUUUUAAAGAGUAUAACUUCAGCCGCACGUCCAUAUAUCGAGCAAUACGGAGGAAUGUGCAUAAAACCUUUGCACACUGCGAAUAAUUAGUGUCAAAAUCAAUAAAUAGUGAAUCGGCUGAAAUAAUCUGGUUUACAGGAGCUGUUAAAAUACACAGAUUUUGCUGUGAUUUAAUUUUCAAUAAACGUACAAAAGGACGCUGAAAUAACUACAUCAUGACGCCAAUUCGUAAAAACUCAGAUUUGAUGCUUUGUCAAGUCCGUCUGCAAGACGACAAGCAAACAUUUCUUAAAAUGAUGUUUUUCUGAAUGGAGUUUGGCUCAAACGAGGCCAACGGGAGAAUCUCAACACUGAUAGGCUCACUUGAAUCCGCGUCCAUUCACGUCUUUACAUAAACUUUGUAUUUAAUUAAGCUUUGUGUUUGUUGUGAACACACCAUGAGAGGACUCACUGCAGUUUCAUUUCAUGUUAUUCACUGGUUGUUGGACCUGUGAAAGAAGGAAAACAAAUGAGAAGUUAGACAUUUAUAGUGAUAAUAAUUACAACGAAGAAAUUGAAUGUCUCGUAUGUUUCAUUCAGCGCACACACAGGUGCAUGUUGGGAAAAUUGAGACAUUUAUCAGCAGAAACAAAAGUAGAAAAAAUGGACUUACUGGUUUUUCUUGAUUUUCUAACAUUCUAAUAGUUUGAUUUCCAUCUUUCUGCAGAAAUCAUUCGUGGCCCGUCGAGUCAUUUUCUUUUCAAGGACUUUUUUUUUAGCUGCAUUUAAAAAAAAUUCCAGGAACGAUUUGUUUUGCCGCUUUUUGUGUCCUGAUAAAAACAAAAACACACAAACUCCCGCUGGGCUUCAGUAGUAGAGAAGUUUAAACUUUGUGUCUGUACAUGCAGAGCUUUAGCCUCAGUGUUGCUAACAGGAUAUUUUUAUAGUGAGGAUGAUUUGAAUUUAUAUCUGUGGUGCACGAAAGAGAGAGAGAUCCUGUUUGCCUUUCCGACUCUUUGUUUCAACAUUUCAUUCCUUUUCUUCUUCUUUUUUAAUCUGUGAUUUUGUAUUUUUGUUUUUUUGGGAAGGAUUGUAAGCGGCCUCUCUGGAUGUUUGAUAACCCGGCUGCAGUGAACAUUGAAGGGAAGCUGAGUUUGUCUCCUGCAGGUUGUUUCUGCGCUGUAGACAAAAACAAAAGAAGGUGAACCUGCAGGAAACAAACUCCACUGAUCUGCUCAGCACUCUUUUCCAAAUGUGAAACGUUGAAUCUCAGCAUUCUGAGAGAAUAGUUUUUUAUUUUUCUUAAAUAUUUGAGAUGAAUUUAGCCACAUUCGUAUCGCCCAGGGACCUUUAGUAAUAUUGUAAUAACUGCGGAGGUCGUCUGAUCUUAAUCCUGUGCAACUAAAAGUUCCACUGCAAAAAAAACAACCGUCACGUGAUAAUACUUUUCCUGUGCGAAACUCUGGAUUGAUAUAUUUUGUUUGUCUGUGCAAACGUCGUUUAUUUGACCUCUUUCCUUUUUAGUCGUUAGUCCACACACUUUUCCUAACUCUCACUAAGCGAUAUUGUUGCCUAAAUCCUAACUUCCUGUGAAGAUGGAAGUUUAUUUUGAAAAGACACUAUGCAUGUCCCCG